AUGGUUGAUUUCGAUGGCUCAAUUGAUAGUGAAGUAAGAUCUUCACACUCAAUGGAAAGUUUAGAACAGGAUGAAUAUCUGGAAAGCGUUGUCUCGACUAGCGAAAGGUUAGGUACGAAAAUGCUGCAUCAGCUGAAUGAAUUUCGCCAAGAUGAAACACUUUGCGACGCGAAAUUGCGAUUAGAAGGAAAAGAAUUCGAUGUCCAUAAAGUAGUCUUGUCAUCGAGCUGUCCGUAUUUUCGAACGCUGUUCACUGCCAACAUGAAAGAAAGAAAGCAAAGUGUUAUCGAUCUAAAAUGUCCCGUCGAUUUAGUGCAUCGUAUGGAUGAUUUUCUCACCUUUUUGUACACAACUAAAGUACAAUUGACACAGGAAAACGUUGAAGCUUUGAUCGUCGCCGCGGAUUAUUUCAAUGUCACAGAACUGAAGGAGCUGGGGUGUAGAUUUUUGCAACAAAAUGUAAACUUAUCGAACGGGAUUGCAUUACAUGGCUUUGCUGGGCGAUAUCAUUGCGAACCCUUGCGUGAACUGACUCGGGAUUUUUUAGUUGAAAAUUUUACUGCAAUAUCUCAAACUGAGGAUUAUUUAUUAACUGACCCUGAGCAAUUAUUAGAAAUAGUUUCAAGUGACGAGUUAGUUUUGUUCGCGGAAGAGGAACUUUAUGAAGGCAUCUUAAGAUGGGUGAAACAUGAUUUAACAAAUCGAGUAGGAUUUUUCCCUAAGCUCUUUGGCAAGGUUCGGCUUCAAGAUGUUAGUAGGACCUACCUUGCCGAGACGAUUGCCAACGAAAAGCUAGUUACCGAUGAUCCGAUUUGUUCAGAUCUAUUAAUGCGGAUGAUACUGGAGUGCUAUGUUACCGAAGAUGCCACGAAGGUGAUUCCAUCUCGGUUUUACGAUUGUGUGUUUGUGAACGGUGGACGAGAACCGUCAGGAGCGACUGCUUCCUCAUAUCUCUUCGUUCCUUCUCAGAAUGCCUGGUUCAAGAUUCCAUCAAUGAGCACGGUUCGGUACAGCCAUGGCGUGGCCACAAUUGGAGAUGAUGUCUUUGUCCUUGGCGGGUAUUCCAAGAAUGGAUUCACAGCCGAGGUUGAGAAGUUUGAUGUGAAAGCAAGGAAAUGGUCCACUAGCCAACCUUUACCCACUCCGAUGAAGGGAAUGGCUGUUGCUGCAGUUGGUAACUCGCUUUACGUCGCUGGAGGAAUUGUUGAGAAUGGUAUCCGCCUUGGUAUCCUGAAACGGUACGACCCUGCGACCCAAAGAUGGGAAGUGAAAACGCCUUUGCAUGUUUCGCGAAGUGGUGCAAGUCUGGUCACCGUUGGUGAUUUCCUGUACGCGAUUGGUGGAAAGGCAAGUGACAACCAGAUGCUGUCCUCGAUGGAGCGUUAUUCCAUCACAGCCGACACUUGGGAAAGAAUGAGUGAGAUGUCUCACAAGAGAGCUUACGCCGUCGCGGCAUCGGUUGGUAGUGGCAACAUCCUUGUGGUUGGCGGUAUCAACGAAGUUGGUGAAGUUGACACCAUUGAUCAUGUGGUUGUCAUUCGGACGUACCUGCGAAGUUGCGAGAUGUACAACUCCACGGCAGGCGUCUGGUUCCCUGUUGCCGAUCUUAGUGUCCCACGAGCCUUUGCAGGUAUAACUGUUCAUGGUGAGAAGGUGUACGUGUUUGGUGGUGAGGGUACAGGUACGAGAUACCAUAACAGCGUGGAAUGUUAUGAUUGUACGACAAACAAGUGGGAUGUCAUCUCGCACAUGCCAGAGCCAAAGAAAUUCUUGCAAUGUUGCAAGCUCAUGUUGCCACAAGGGUUAUUCCGAAGCCUUCCUAGUGUGAGUGCAACUAGUUGA